AUGUAUGCCUGCACCAAGUUCAUCUCUACCCCUGCCCUUGUGAGGAGAAGCUCUCAGCUGCUGAGUAGACUGUUAUCUGCGGUGGCGUUAAAAUGCCCAGAGGUUCAGACAGAUGAGAACCUCAGCAUUUUGGCUGGAUCAGGUCCCUUGACUUCCCUUGUCCCCAGAUGUGGAUUCCAAACUAGUGCCAUCUCAAGGGACAUUGAACCAGCAGCCAAGUUCAUUGGGGCUGGGGCUGCCACUGUGGGGGUGGCCAGCUGUGGAGCUGGGAUUGGGACUGUGUUUGGAAGUCCCAUCAUUGGUUAUGCCAGGAAUGCUUCCCUGAAGCAACAGCUCUUUUCCUGUGCCAUCCUGGUCUUUGCCCUGUCUGAGACCAUGGGGCUCUUUGCCUGA